AUGAGCCAAGUUAUCGUCCACCACCACACGCGCGCAGAGAUCACCGAGAUCGAACCAAAGGGCUUGACCCUCUUUGACACUCUAUACAAUUCUCUCAUCCUACGACACACUCUCCCUUACCUCCCCGUCUCUGGUCUACUGAACCUCGCUGCAACCUGUCGUGAUAUACGCUACCUUCUCCACGAAACCCCCGGUGUCUUUCGUCACCUCGACCUCACACGGGUCAAGACAGCGCACUGCGAAGAGGCCCAGAAAGAGUCGGAGCGCAACCUUGCAGUCUGGCACAAUGUCCAACUUUCUGACUACCUGACUGAAGAUGACUUCUAUGCCGGGCCCUUGAGGGGCAUUUUCUCUACCCUUCGACAACGCGAUAUCCUUCGCCAUGUCCAAUCCCUGAUCCUCGAUGGCCUCUCGGUCACAGCCGAGCUAUGCCACGAUAUCAUCAACGACCCGAACUACAGUGUGCGCAUGCUCUCGAUCCGCGGCGCCAACAAUCUCAAUCAUGGAAAGUUGCGCGCCGCACUAGCAUAUGCCUGUCGCAGCUCGCGCCCUGAGAACACCCCGCGACUACAAGCUCUAUAUGUCUUUGGCCCUAUGCCUGUUGAUUCUUGCCACGAAAAUGCGCAGGAAUUGAGCACAUCUACACAAAAUGAGGCUGAUGCAUGGUGGUCUAGAAAGGGCCGCAUGCUCAACUCUUCCGACGACAUGGACGAAUGGGCGCAGUGUCUACUUGCAUGCCAGGGCAUCAUCUCGUUUGAUGCAGUCCUGUGCCAAGGUCCACGACACGCCAAUUCACCAGCGUUUGGCAAAGCCCCCAUGCGAUCGCCUUGCAGCCCUGCUGUGGCCACAUUCGCCGUUGGUGGUUGCGCAUCCUGUGGCAAGGCGCCUGAGGGUAUCAUGACGGCUGAGACCCACUGUUCGUCGCUACCAUUGCUGGCUCCUCCACCAAUCCUAUCAUCGUCCGUAAAGGCUGCCACGUCGCCCCGACCUGGUCAUGAGGACUUUGUACCUCGUUGCGCGGAUUGUCUUAGAGAUAGGUUUUGUGUGACUUGCAACAAAUGGUGGUGCGAGACGUGUUAUCAGCCUUUUGGCCAUAGCACCAUACCUCAUGAGCCCGACGCUGUGUUUAGCUGGAGGCAGGAUGGUGCAGUGAUGGAAAAAGCCAAGCGCCACGUCUCUCGAAGCUGCUGGGAAUGCGGCAUGAACUGUAACGAUUGUAUUGAGCGCACGCAAAAGUAUUGCAAAAAGUGCUGUGGCGGAUACUGCCUCAUUCACAACGAGGGUUCUUCACCAGCUUUCUGCGAUUGGUGCUUCUCUCGAGGUCGUAGUCUGAGAAAGCUGUCAUAA